CGUUGCUGUGGCAUCAUGUCCGUAAUGGCGUGUAAGGGGCAAAGUAAAACGUUGCAACGACGCACACGCGAGUGCGCUCCGUUUCGUCGGGUCGUUCGUGAUUGAGAGAAAGAGGAAAGAAGGAAGAAAGAAAGAAAGAAAGAAGGAAGAAAAGAAAGAUAGAUAGAAAGAAAGAAAGAAAAGGAAAAUAGAAAGGAACGAACGAAAGGAAAGAAAGAGAAGGAACUAGAGAAAGUAUAGAAAGUUAGAAAGAGAGACAGACAGAGUGAAGUGUGUCCUCUCUUCUUUUGGUGAUCGUCGAGUUGUCAUAAAGUAACCAAGGAAGGAGACGUUUAGCCGCUUCUUCUUUGGCAAUAGUGUGUCCGUGUCGUUAAUUCCGUUCGCGUGAUAUACGUUUGAUAUCGUGCCAUUCGAUCCAAAGAAAAUUACCCAAAGGAGACGCGAAUUAUAUAUACCGUCGAGGAGAGUGUCGUGCCUAGUUGUUUAGUGCAAUGACGUCGGCGAGUGGAGGCAUCCUCCCGUCGUAUCAGAGACUGGCGAACGGCGGCGCGCCGGCGUCACUGUUUUCGAGACGUUCCUUCCGGCCGCGCGAAAAGUACCUGAUCCUCAUAGUCUUCUUGACGUUCUUAAUCGUCUGCUUCGGCGCGUACUUCUUUCUCCCGGACUUUGGCGCCGGUGGUGUCGCAGUGGACAGCGUUUAUCGCGUCUACCGGCAUAUGCAAAAAGCAGGGCCAGACCUUUUGAUACCAGCACCACCUCGUCGUUCUUUUGGCGAUUCAUUCAACGAUGAAUCUUACUCAUCUCAUCAUCCCAAUGCCUUACCUAUGCCACUUGGCCACGAGGCAGCCGGUAACCUCGACGUACAUCUCAUCGAGGAUCGGUUGAAGCUUCAGGCAAAAAUCGACGAAGAGUAUCAACAACAAAAGACAUUGGAGAAACCGGAAAUUGGUGGUGAUUCGCGAGUGCGUACGAGUAGUUUGUCGUCUUCCGUCGUAGUGCAGCAACGGAACGAGCAAGUUUUUCAAACUGUGCCGCCUGCUCCAGCGAUAAAACUUCCUUUGAUCGUUGCUGGCGAGGACAAAGAUACAAUUGCCAGAGAACGCAGGGACAAAGUUAAAGAGGUAAGCAUUCAUGAGUACUAUGUGAUGUCAAAUGAGUGAUCAUUGAGAAUAUGAGAGGAAGCUUUGCGGGUGGUCAAAGGUACAAACGAUUUAUGGAAUUUGACGCGGCAGGUGGUUCAACACCUUUAGAAGCUCAUUGGCCUUUCCGUUUAUGCGUUUAAAGCGAAAAUACGGAUUGCUUAUCGAUGAGCUUAUGCGUUUUACCGAUUACCUAUCCAACCAUACCGAUAAU